UCAGUCGCCCUCCAGCCACCGCCCCAGAUACCAGUUCCCAGUCACUUCCGACCCUCCUCUUUGCUCGUCGAAACUCUGUGACUCUCCCCUGCGAUCUCGCUCAGCGCUUCUCACCUUUGUUUCUCGUAAUCUCGUUCCUCACGACAGCUUUUUUACUUCCGGCAAUUACGGAGCGCGAUUCGCGAACGCCGGAAACAUGCUGAUCGGUCUUGUGCGCGACUCAGUGUUGCAGUGCUUCUGUCACAGCUGCAAAGCACCGUUGGGCAUCGUAGCGGCAGACAGGAGGGGUAAUGCACCCUUCAAGAAGCCCAGCGGCAAAGGAAAGCCGCGGACCAAGCAGCCGAAGAAAGUAAAGUUCAUCACAACCGAGAUCCGAUGCCAAGAGAAAUCGAAAGGUGGCCUGUGCUACGAGGUGAUCUUGGCAGAGCCGACGGUGCAGAAGAGAGCACCCUCGCCGCCACAGGCGAGCCCGACUCAACAAGUCGCCAUCGAGGAUAAACUUCGAGCAGCUGAGGAGAGAAGGCUUUCUCUCGGUGCACAAAAGAUCGCCGCUCUCAAUGCUAAACUCACGAAAAUCGAGGAGGCCUCCCGUAAGAAAGACGAACUAAACUCAGCUUUCAUCACCGCGACCCGCGAAUCUUUAGACGCUAAGAUGAACAGCACCGAGGAGAACCGAGAGGCUCACAUCCAGGAGUUGAAGAGCAAGUUAAAGGAGCAUUUGGAGAGCGUGGAAAAGACUCGUUUGAAUCUCGAGCAACAGACUCAAGAGGUGAAAUGCGCCGUGGAGGAGAAGUUGAAGUCUGCCGCUGCUCAACGCGACGAGAAUAUCAAGAGGAUGCAGGAACGUUUGAAAGAACAUGAGGAACAAGUGGCUCGAGUGCGUCAGGGAAUGACUGAGCGCGUACAGCAGCUCCAAUCCCAGAUCCAAGGCAAGCUGGAUCAGGCUCAGGAACGCCGUCAGAACAUCGAGCGCGAACAGAAGGAGAAGCUACGCAAUCAUAACACUGUGAAGAUAGCAAAAGUGCGUCAGAUGGCCACGAGAGAGCUUCUGGUGAAAAAGUUCGAAUUUGACAAGAGGGUUUCUACUGCGGAGCAGAACCGACAACGAGAGAUUCAACGUCGUGUGCAGGCUAUUCGCCAGCAUGAGAGGCGUGCGGAGAUGGUGAGACAGAACAAGGCGGCUCUGUCCGAGCAAUCUGCCAUGCCCGCCGAAAGGGAGACUGCCAGCUCUGGGUAAACGAAAUAAUGUUUCGCGGUUGCAAAAUCGAGGAAAGAGGAGAGGCGGGAUUUGACUACAAGGCUUGCGGAGUCAUGCCGCUGAAUAGAAAUUCAUCGGAGUUACGUGUUUAAACAUUCGAAUAAACUACGGAGUAAUUGCACUCGCUGUGCUUCACCCGGGGCGCUCCAUUACGCUUUGUGCCAUUUUUGUUCGCCGGAAGAAAAUUAUGGGAUUCAUGCAAGCGAUUAAAUAGUAGCCGAGGAUAUCUGCAAUUUUAAUCACUUUCUUUUCGUUACGAAAGAUGGGGGAUCAAAUAUCAAAUCGGAUCAAACACUCGAGAAUGAUUCUAGAUUCUCCGCGAACGAAGCGGAGAUCGAUCGAUUAUUUUCCUCCCAGUUUCUACUUUUGCAAAAAAAAAGAACACUGCCUUCAUCUAACUGAAAUACACCUUUCCCCUUCAUUUUUAAAGAUAUACGUGUUAACUUCAAUCGAAAGAUAUUACAGCGUGUAACAUUUUAUUUUUUAGUUUUAACGUGCCUAUCACUGAACACGAUUGUGAAUCUUCUCGAAGAUGGCAUUAAGAAUACCUUAUGUGUUUGUGAUUGAUUGUAACUAAUAGUUUGCAAUUUUAUACAGCGCUUCAUUCAUUAUAUUUCAUUUCAUUAAUGGCUAUAUAUGUGGUGUUGUUAUUCACUCACGAUUAAUUAUCCUCUUAAGAAAGACACUCUUAGUUUAUGAAAUCGAGAUCUUAUUCAACGGUUCAACAUACUUUUAAUCCUGUUACACUUCCCUUUUAUCUCAAUGGUUUUUUAUUUUUUAUGUAAUUAUUUCGCGAUCAGUUCAUUAAUGGUUUUGCUUUUCAUUUAUAGAAUAAUGAUAGAUAAUACUAUCGCUACAAUUAGAUUUUAAGUGGUAACUGCGACCAUACGUGUGUGCACACAUACCAUAUACGACGAAGUACAUGUGUACGGUAUGUGCCGACAUAUAAGCACACUUAUAAUAUAUAUACAUAUAUAUAUAUAUAUAUAUAUAUAAUAGUGCUUUAUACUAGGCUUGGGAACUUUAAAACCAUUUUGUACUCGAUCAUUGUAAUAUUACUGCGCUAAAUUGAACAAGAACAUAAGAAAAAAAAAGUAUGUAGUCUAAUUGAAUAUGAUAAUGCUUCUGUGAUGACUUACAUAAUUAUUUGUCGAGAUGUGUAGUGUUUAAGUGAGAAUGUGAGAGGGUGAGAGAAAGGAGAGAGAGAGACAUUUGAAAUUCCUCUACGCUCGUACAUAAUAUCGGAUACCGUGGCUAGGGGCCUUAAUUUCGUUCUUAUGUAUCAUCGCUGGUAAUCGAAAUGAAAAAUCGUAGACACCGUAAA